AGUAGAGAAGCUUGGGGUGAGUGUGGGUACAGUGGUUAAGUCCAGGUUGUCCGGAGCACGUGGAAGAAUAGUUGAAAUUAGGACCAGAAAAGUAGUUUGGAGACAUUUGGUGUGGAAUGCCAAGGGGAGGAGUUUAUAUGUAGCUUAGUAGGGAAACAAGAAGGCAUUGAAGGUUUUCAAAUAUGGGAGUGAUGUGACUUUAGCCUUUGCCCUAGAAAAAAUGUUGGCUGUGAUGUGAAGAAUGGUUUGGAGUAGGGACAGGUGGGAGGGAGGGAGACCAGUGGAGUCUGUGUCAGUAGUUUAGGCAAUAGGGCAGAGGGAAUGACAAGGGAGGAUGGAUUAAAAACAUUUCAGAGAUAAAAUCUGGGGCUCUGCAAUGAAUGAACUUAAGAGGUGAAGAAGGCAAAGAUGACCAUGCCAAAGGGUUGAGCCUAAGAAAGUGGGAGUCUAGUGGUGCCAUUAAGAGAAACACAUUCAUUUAAAAAAGAGAACAGGAGGAAACGUGACCUUUGGUAAAGGAACAGCUUUGGUUUUUGGAUCUACUGAGUUUCAAGUGCUUGUAGAACAUCCAAAGGAGGGUUUCCAGUGAGCUGUUUAAAAAAUAAGUCAGAAGAGAGGUCAGAACUAGAGACAAAGGUUGAGGAGGUAUCUUCAUAAAACUCACAGAGAAUGAGUCUGAGAGGGAGAAAAGUGAAGCAAGUCAACGACAGUUCCCUGGGAGACAUUUUGUGUUCAGGCAAUUGGAGUAGGAAGAAGAGUCAUGAAGGGAACUAAAAAUAUGGUUGGGGAGGAAGGAAGAGAAUCAAGACACCUUUGGAAGCCAAGAGAGUUUCCAGAAGGAUGGUGGUCGGCAGUUUCACAUGCCUCAGGGAUACGAACGACGGGAUAAAGGUUGCAAAAGGAGUUUGUUUUUCUCCUGUCUGAACAAUGGUGUCUGGAGAAAUCCGUGAGCUACCAGGCUGUAGAAAUCCUAGAAAGGUUUAUGGUUAAGCAGGCAGAGAAUAUGAACAGGCAAGCCACGAUCCAGCUGAGAGAGAAGAAGGAGGCUCAGAAUUGGAAAACUCUGAAAGAGCAGCUUUUCAACAAGUUUAUCCUGCGUCUUGUGUCAUGUGUUCAACUGGCAAGCAAACUUUCCUUCCACUACAAAAUUAUCAGCAACGUUACAGUCCUGAAUUUCCUCCAGUCUCUAGGGUAUGUGCACACUAAAGAAGAACUGUUGGAGUCAGAGCUUGAUGUUUUGAAGUCCCUGAACUUCCAAAUCAAUCUGCCCACUCCCCUGGCAUAUGUGGAGAUGCUUCUGGAGGUUUUAGGAUACAAUGGCUGCUUGGUCCCGGCCACACAGCUGCACGCAACCUGCCUGACCCUGCUCGACCUUGUCUAUCUCCUGCACAAACCCAUAUAUGAGAGCCUGCUGAGGGCUUCAAUUGAAAACUCCGUACCCAGUCAGCUGCAAGGGGAAAAGUUUGUUUCAGUGAAGGAAGACUUCAUGCUGUUGGCAGUAGGAAUCAUUGCAGCGAGUGCUUUCAUCCAGAACCACGAGUGUUGGAGCCAGGUUGUGGGGCAUUUGCAGAGCAUCACUGGCAUUGCCUUGGAAAGCAUUGCUGAGCUCUCUUACGCAAUCCUGACUCACAGCGUGGGAGCCAACACUCUGGGGCGACAGCAGCCUGUUCCUCCCCACCUGGAGGCCAGAGCUCUGAGGGCAACUGCCUCCUCCAACACAUGAGGCGCACUCAACGCACCGAGUAUAAACAGCCUUCCGUCACCAUGCUCAGCCCUCCUUUUGUUUACUCUCAGACUCGGGACAAAAGUUACGAGUAUCUUUUGAACUAUGUUUUGUACUCCAACUCCAUGCUCCUUUCUCUGCGUCAGAGAAAGAGUUAAAGUUGACAAGCAUGUCCUUUUUGCCGAAAUCAGACUGAAAAUGUCAAGGAGCUGGGAGGAGACAGAACAUUAGUGAAGUUGGUUCAUUUUUGUUUAACAAGAUAUUUAUAGCUUUCCCUUAACUGUUCAUUUCAUUGAGAGAGAGCACCAGACAUGGAAAUUAGUAUUAACCAGGGGCCUGAAAACUGGGCCUGUUUGGGUGACCUUGACUGAGCAUCAAGGAGGCAGCCUUUAUUUCCCCUUAAAGUUAGCUUAACAUCUCUGUUCUGUCUUUGAGAUGUACACAAAUGGGCUUCCUCUACAGCUGGCUAUUUCCAUGAGUCUUUUUUAAAACUAACACUAAUCCAUCUCCAAACACGUUUCGACAGGAUUUCCACAUA